AUGAGCAGCGUAGAGAAGAGCAGCGUAGAGAAGAGCAGAAUCCUGCAGCCAUCCACCAACCAGAUCCUGCAGCCACCCACCAACCAGAUCCUGCACCCACCCACCAACCAGAUCCUGCACCCACCCACCAACCAGAUCCUGCAGCCAUCCACCAACCAGAUCCUUCUAUCCUGGAGCCUCCAGCUCCCUGAAACAAGCACCCCCCGUCCAUCACCCUGGAGCCUCCAGCUCCCUGAAACAAGCACCACCCCCUGUCCAUCACCCGGAGCCUCCAGCUCCCUGAAACAAGCACCACCCCCUGUCCAUCACCCCUGGAGCCUCCAGCUCCCUGAAACAAGCACCACCCCUGUCCAUCACCCUGGAGCCUCCAGCUCCCUGAAACAAACACCACCCCCUGUCCAUCACCCUGGAGCCUCCAGCUCCCUGAAACAAGCACCACCCCCUGUCCAUCACCCUGGAGCCUCCAGCUCCCUGAAACAAGCACCACCCCCUGUCCAUCACCCCGGAGCCUCCAGCUCCCUGAAACAAGCACCACCCCCUGUCCAUCACCCUGGAGCCUCCAGCUCCCUGAAACAAGCACCACCCCUGUCCAUCACCCUGGAGCCUCCAGCUCCUGGAAACAAGCACCACCCUAGCCUCCAGCUCCCUGGAAACAAGCACCACCCCUGUCCAUCACCCUGGAGCCUCCAGCUCCCUGAAACAAGCACCACCCCUGUCCAUCACCCUGGAGCCUCCAGCUCCCUGAAACAAACACCACCCCCUGUCCAUCACCCUGGAGCCUCCAGCUCCCUGAAACAAGCACCACCCCCUGUCCAUCACCCUGGAGCCUCCAGCUCCCUGAAACAAGCACCACCCCCUGUCCAUCACCCCGGAGCCUCCAGCUCCCUGAAACAAGCACCACCCCUGUCCAUCACCCUGGAGCCUCCAGCUCCUGAAACAAGCACCACCCCUGUCCAUCACCCUGGAGCCUCCAGCUCCCUGAAACAAGCACCACCCCUGUCCAUCACCCCCCCGAGCCUCCAGCUCCUGAAACAAGCACCACCCCCUGUCCAUCACCCCAGAGCCUCCAGCUCCCUGAAACAAGCACCACCCCUGUCCAUCACCCCAGAGCCUCCAGCUCCUGAAACAAGCACCACCCCCUGUCCAUCACCCCUGGAGCCUCAGCUCCUGAAACAAGCACCACCCUGUCCAUCACCCUGGAGCCUCCAGCUCCUGAAACAAGCACCACCCCCUGUCCAUCACCCUGGAGCCUCCAGCUCCUGA